UGACGGGCACUGAUAGGCGGCACUGACUGGUACUGAUAGGCGGCACUGACUGGCACUGAUAGGCAACACUGACUGACACUGAUUGGCAACACUGAUAGGUGGCACUGACUGGCAUUGAUAGGUGGCACUGACUGGCACUGAUGGGUGACACUGAAAGGCAGCUCAGAUGGGCACUGAUAUGUGGCAUUGAUGUGGCACUGAUGGACACUGAAAUGUGGCACUGGCAGGUGGCAUGGAUGAGCACUGAGAGCUGGCACUGAUGGACACUAACAGGUGGCGCUGCUGGGGCUACACAGAUCAUCAGGGCACACUUAUUAGUGCCCUGAUGAUCUGUGUACAUGUCCCCUCCGAGGAAUGCCAAUUACUGGCUCUGCGCUCCUCACGAGCUGUCAGCGUGACAGCUUGUGGGGAGAGAAAUGUGAUCAGCUGUGAUUGGACACAGCUGAUC